CCAAGAGUCAGACUCGUAGUGGGUGCCUGCCGGUGUCCACGUCCAAGGUUCAAUUCCAGUUCAGUUCUGUGAAAGUUUUUUGUGAUUUUAUAAGAUGGCGCCGACCACCAAAGUCGAAGAUCGCCUUGAGUCCGGACAUCGGCUGUCGCACCCUCCCCCCGGCGAUGAGGUCCUUAUUACAGGAGUGUCCGGAUAUUUUCCGGACUCAGAUUCCGUUGUGGAACUGCAGGAGAAUUUGUUUAACAAGGUGGAUCUGAUCUCAGGCGACCCCCGCCGUUGGAAGCUAGCCCACCCGGAAAUCCCGCAGCGCACAGGCAAGAUCAACCACGUCAACAAGUUCGAUGCCUCGUUCUUCGGGGUCCACUACAAGCAGGCCCACACCAUGGAUCCCAUGUGCAGGAUCUUGCUGGAGAAGGCGUAUGAAGCUGUUAUUGAUGCUGGUGUGAACCCCAAAGAGCUGAAGAACCAGAAAGUGGGCGUGUUCGUGGGGGCCUGCUUCUCCGAAUCGGAAAAAACAUGGUUCUACGAGAAGAUGCAGGUCAACGGGUUCGGUAUCACUGGUUGCUCCCGCGCUAUGCUGGCCAACCGCAUCUCCUACUGGCUCGGCGUCACCGGUCCAUCUUACACGGUAGACUCAGCUUGCUCAAGCUCCCUCUACGCCUUGGAACACGCCUUCAGGGCUAUAAGAGACGGCCACUGUGACUCCGCCAUCGUCGGGGGCUCCAAUCUCUGCCUUCAUCCUUACGUCUCACUUCAGUUCUCAAGAUUGGGAGUAUUGUCACCCGACGGCCGUUGCAAGAGUUUCGACAACAGUGCCAACGGUUAUGCGCGAUCGGAAGCCAUUGUCGUCGUGUUCCUACAAAAGGCCAAAGAUUCUAGAAGAGUAUACGCCCAGCUGCUGCACGCCAAGACAAACUGUGACGGCUACAAAGAACAGGGUAUCACAUACCCCGCCGGGCAUAUACAAAAGAUGUUGCUUCGAGAGUUCUACGAAGAGUGCUCCGUGCCUCCUCAGACCAUGGAGUUUGUUGAGGCCCAUGGAACUGGUACCAAAGUCGGUGAUCCAGAGGAGCUGGUCGCGAUCGACGAGAUCUUCUGCACUGGUCGAGACAAGCCACUCCUCAUCGGCUCCAUAAAGUCCAAUCUUGGACACAGUGAGCCGGCUUCUGGUCUCUGCUCUGUAGCCAAGAUGUGCAUCGCCUACACCACCGGCUUCAUCCCCCCCAACCUAAACUACCACACCCCCCGAGAGGGCGUGGAGGCCCUCGUCAACGGACACCUCCAGGUGGUCACGGAGAAGCACCCUUGGAACAAGGGGAUGUGCUCCAUCAAUAGCUUCGGAUUUGGUGGUGCCAACGCUCACGUGCUGCUGAAGAAUGUGGCAAGGCCUAAGAUCAACAACGGCCUACCAGAAGACGACCUACCCCGCCUAGUCUGCGUAUCUGGUCGUACGGAGUCCGCCGUAGCCAAGAUCCUGGACGACUUGGAGUCGCGGACGGUGGAUGCUGAGCAAGUGAGGCUGUGGCACGCCAUACAUGAUGAGGAUAUCGGUGGACAUGUAGUUAGGGGAUACACAUUGCUGCGCUCAACCCCUACAAAGAGCCAGUCUAUGGCCCGCAGCAUGGAAUACUUCUCUGGCUUGAAGAGGCCGGUCUGGUUCGUCUACUCUGGCAUGGGAUCGCAGUGGGCCGGCAUGGCCACGCAGCUCAUGAGGAUUCCCAUCUUCGCUGCUGCUAUUCACAAAUGCCACAAAGCCCUUGAGCCCAAAGGCAUCAACCUGACCAGAAUCAUCACGGAGCCCGACCCAAAGAUCUACGACAACAUCCUCCACUCAUUCAUCGGCAUCGCCGCUGUCCAGAUUGGUCUCACUGAUGUGCUGAAGUCUCUUGGCAUUGAGCCUGAUCAUAUCAUUGGUCACAGCGUAGGCGAGCUCGGUUGCGCAUACGCAGACGGCUGCUUCACCGCGGAACAGAUGAUCCUGGCCGCGUACUACCGCGGCAAGGCCUCUGUUGAGACUCCCUUCAUCAAAGGAUCUAUGGCUGCUGUCGGUCUUGGAUACAAACAGAUGAAGACAAUGUGCCCCCACGAGAUCGAAGUAGCCUGCCGCAACGGCCCUGAGUCCAGCACCAUCUCCGGCCCAGCUGAUGCCAUGAAGGAGUUCGUCGGCAAACUCACUGCCAAGGGCAUCUUCGCCAAGGAAGUCCCUUGCUCCAACAUUGCUUAUCACUCCAGAUAUAUUGCUGAAGCUGGUCCUACCCUCCUGAAGUACCUCAAAGAGGUGAUCCCCGACCCCAAACCUCGUUCGGAGAAGUGGGUGUCCACGUCAGUGCCCCAACAGUUCUGGCACGACAAGAAGGCAGAGUUCUCCUCUGCUGAGUACCACACCAACAAUCUUCUGAGCCCAGUUCUCUUCGAAGAAGCCUCCCGCUUGAUCCAUCACAACGCCAUCACGAUCGAAAUCGCGCCCCAUGGUCUGCUGCAGGCCAUUUUGAGGCGCUCCCUGAAGAAGGACGUCGUCAAUGUACCGCUGACGCAGAAGGGACAUGAGGACAAUGUCCAGGUCUUCCUUACUGCUUUAGGAAAAUUGUACGAGGCCGGUUUAAACCCGCACCUGGCCGAAAUCUACCCGCACAUCCAAUUCCCAGUGUCUUUGGGAACCCCGAUGAUGGCUCACUUGGUGGAGUGGGAGCACAGCGAAGACUGGUACGUGACUUCAUACAAGGCUCAAGAGAAGAUGAAGUCUGGAGAGCGUACCGUGAGGAUGUCUAUCGUGGAUGAAGAUAGCGAGUACAUGGCUGGACACGUUGUGGAUGGACGCAACCUGUACCCUGCCACCGGUUACCUGGUGCUGGUCUGGGAGACCCUCGGCAUGAUGAUGGGAGAACUCUUCACUGAAGUAUCCGUGGUCUUCGAGAACGUGCGGUUCCAGCGAGCCACCAACAUCCCGAAGGACGGGAACCUGGAGUUUAUCAUCAUGAUUCAGAAGGGUAGCGGUAACUUUGAGAUCGUCGAAAGCGGAGCAUCUAUCGUGACAGGCCGCAUUUACGCUCAGAAGGAUGUUGGCCAGAACUACAGAGUAUUGCCAGCGUUACCAGAGCUCAGUGGACCUAACGUCAAACAUAUGCUCACCAAAGAUUUCUACAAAGAACUCAGACUUAGAGGAUACCAAUACAGCGGUCUCUUCCGUGGCGUCAUCGGGUGCAACAUCGAAGGCACCCGCGGUCGUCUGGCCUGGGUCAACAACUGGGUCACAUUCAUGGACUGCAUGCUCCAACUGAAGAUCAUCGGACACGACACGCGCGGCCUCUUCGUGCCCACUAGGAUUGAGAGGCUGUCUAUUGACGCUUCCAUGCAUUAUAACGCUAUUUCCAAAAUGAACCCUGAGUCGACUAAGCAAUCGUUUGAAGUUCGAGUUUAUCCUGACGUAGGAGUGAUCAGAUCUGGUGGCGUAGAAAUCCGUGGUCUCCAUGCCACUCCAAUUUCAAAGAGAGUUCCACUUGGAGUGCCUGUGCUCGAAAAGUACGAAUUUGUCCCGAACUUCGGCAAGAACAAGAUGAAGACUGAAGAUAUCUUAAGAGCCAACAUCCAAAUCAUCCUUGAAAACAUCCAGACCUUCAAAGUAAAGAGCAUUGAGCUGGUUGAUGAAGAAUACAAGAACAACAGUUUGGAGCCCUUGAUCACCCAAGUUGGUGACAUACUUGGUGACAUGCCGCUGAUGCAAGCUGAACUGCUGGUUAUAUCUGAGGAAACCUUAGAGAUGCCGAACAACAUUACUGUGGAGAACAAGAAGAUUUCAGGAGAAACGAAUACGGUGCUGUUUGUAGGAGCUAACCUUUUGUCAAGGCCUGAUACCCUACAGCAAGCCGCUUCAACUCUAAGAGACAAAUGCUUCAUCAUUAGCCGUGAAAAGGAACGUCCCAACCCCAAGGAAUACGCGGAAAAAUACGACAUUAUCACCAUCCACGACACAGGCUGCGAAUACCUUGUCCUUUUCAGAAAGAGAGUUGGUGCCAAACCAGCAAAGUUCAUCAAGAUCGUUGCUGCUGAUGACACAUAUUCUUGGAUCGAGCAAGUCAAAGAGGAACUCAAAGAAGGCCAGAAAGUGGUACUUUACGGACAAAAUGAGCACAUUAAUGGUCUUCUUGGUUUGGUUAAUUGUUUAAGAAGAGAGCCCGGUGGUGAAAUUGUUUAUGGCUUCUUGAUUUCCGAUCCGUCAGCGCCUGAGUUCAAUUCGGAUUUGGAGUUGUAUGAGGAACAGUUGGAUAAGGAUUUGGCUAUUAACAUUUUCCAAGAUGGCCAAUGGGGCACAUACCGCCACUUGCUGCUCGGAGACUUGGAGACCACACGAGCUGAACAUGCCUUCGUGAACACACUCACCAUCGGAGACUUAUCCUCACUGCGAUGGCUGGAAGGGCCACUGAAGCAUGACACUGUGUUUAAGGACCAUGAGAAAGUUUUACUUCACGUGUACUGUUCAGCGUUGAACUUCCGUGACGUCAUGACGGCGACGGGCCGCGUGACAGUAGACGCUGUCGCCCGAGGCAGACUUGCGCAAGAGUGCGUACAAGGAUUCGAAAUCGUUGGAAAGACUAGCAAUGGUUCCCGUGUCAUGGCUAUGGUAAAUAACAGCGGUAUGGCGAACUUGGUGGAAGGCGACAGGGCGUUGAUGUGGAGCAUCCCUGACGACUGGACCUUCGAGGAGGCGGCCACAGUUCCGGUCGCUUACGGCACUGUGUAUUAUGCCAUGGUCAUGGUUGGUCAGAUCCAACCCGGCGAGUCCAUUCUGAUCCACGCCGGUUCUGGAGGUGUAGGUCAAGCUGCCAUCAGCGUAGCGCUUCAUAAUGGCUGCGAAGUGUUCACCACCGUCGGCACAGCUGAGAAGCGGGCGUUUAUUAAGAAGCUGUUCCCACAACUUAAAGACAGCCAUAUUGGAAACUCCCGUGACACAUCGUUCGAAGACAUGAUCCGACGAGAAACCAACGGCAAGGGUGUCGAUAUGGUUCUCAACUCUUUGGCUGAUGAAAAACUGCAGGCCUCAGUACGCUGCCUCGGCUACCGCGGGCGCUUCCUCGAGAUUGGCAAAUUCGACAUUAGCCAGAACACGCCUAUAGGCAUGUACUUCUUCUUGAAGGAGACUUCCUUCCACGGCAUCAUGUUGGAUUACAUCUUCGACCAGAGCUUCGAGUUCAGAAGGAAACUGCAAGGCCUUCUAAUUGCUGGUAUCGAGAGCGGAGCUGUACGCCCGUUGACAUACUGCACGUUUGAGAAACAUGAAAUCGAGACAGCUUUCCGUUACAUGGCGGCCGGGAAACAUAUUGGCAAGGUGAUAGUGAAGGUUCGUGAAGAUGACCGCAGCCAUAGAACCGUGAAACCAGCGACCAUGCACGUUGACGCUGUUCCAAGAUAUAUGUGCGAUGCAGAGAAAUCAUACGUGAUUAUCGGAGGCCUUGGAGGCUUUGGUCUGGAAUUAGCUGAUUGGCUUAUCAUGCGUGGAGCCAGGAAAGUUCUACUCACCUCACGCCGUGGCAUCACCAAUGGCUACCAGUCUUCGAGACUUCGCGCAUGGGCAGGAUACGGAGCCGACAUCCAAAUCUCCACCCACGACGUCACAACCGAAGCGGGUUGCGAAGAAAUGCUAAUGAAGGCGCUGAAAAUGGGUCCCGUGCAAGCAGUUUUCAACCUUGCCGUCGUGCUCAAAGAUUCCAUUUUCCAAAAUCAGACCCCGGAAACUUUCAAGACGUCGUUCGCGCCUAAGGCCUUGGCGACGAUGCAUUUGGAUAAAUUGACUAAGAAACUUUGCCCUGGAUUGAAGGACUUCGUGGUAUUCUCAUCUGUAUCCUGUGGUCGAGGGAACGCCGGUCAGACCAACUACGGUCUUUCCAACUCUGUGAUGGAGCGUAUCUGCGAGUGGAGACGGAAACUCGGAUUUCCCGCUCUCGCUGUUCAGUGGGGAGCAGUUGGGGAUGUGGGCCUAGUGGCGGACAUGCAAGACGAAGACAUGCAGCUCGAGAUCGGAGGCACCCUGCAGCAGAGGAUCUCCUCCUGUCUCCUGGCGCUAGACAAGUUCCUGAAGCAGGACCAGGCGGCCAUCGUGUCGUCCAUCGUGGUCGCAGAGAAGAAGGCUGGAGGGUCUGGGUGCGGCAACCUGGUUGACGCUAUUGCGCAGAUCAUGGGCAUCAAAGACCUGAAGACAGUAUCUCAGCAAGUGUCCCUGGCCGAGCUUGGCAUGGACAGUAUGAUGGCUGUGGAAAUCAAGCAGACCUUGGAGAGAGAGUUCGAGAUCUUCCUUACGGCACAGGACAUUAGGACACUCACAUUUGCCAAGCUGGUAGAACUCACGGCACAACGCGAAGCAGAAUCCUCAACCACGGCCGCUCGUCCCAACACAGCUGAAGGUGCUGCUGGUCUCAGGGUACUCAUGAGGAACUUUGGUGAAGAGCGAUUGGUGUCUGAGCCUUUCAUCUACAUGCCAACUAUGGUCACUGAUGGAACUGAGGGUCACGAAGCCAUCCACGACACAGAAAACCCGCCCAUGUUCAUCCUGCCUGGCCUAGAGGGCGCUGCGUCCGUCAUGGAACCGCUGUGCAAAAGGCUCAAGUGCAAGGUCUGCGUGCUGCAGCUUGGCGUGGAGAACUCGAAUGAGGAUAUUGAGGCUAUGGUCAAUAGACUGUACUUGACGGUGCGGACUCGCCUGGCCCCAGGAGGCCCCUUCACGCUGCUCGGCUACAGUUUCGGCUGCCAGUUGAUGCUGGAAUUGGCUGCUAAGCUCGAGGCCGAAGGUCACAAGAACGGUCUAGUGUUCUGCGUUGACGGAGCCCCAGACUUCCUCCAAGCCAUCCUCACCACCGUCAUCUGUUUCAAGAGCGAUGCCCAACUCCAGAACGCCCUGAUCUGUCACACCAUGGACAUUGUCGCCCCCAACAACGAAAUCUCCACCGCCCUCAUUGAAAAACUCAGUCAAAUGGAAAACUUCCAAGAAAAAGUCAAAACUGCCAUCGAAAUGUCCCCAGUACAAUCCAGAUACACACCGAAAUUCAUCGCCUCAGUCGCUGCCGUCACUUAUGAUAGAGUUAAGGUUGUUCUUAAUUACAAUUCGAAAGAUGUCAAGAAAAUACAAGCGCCAAUAGUUCUUCUGCGUCCUAAAGAGAAUCUUCCUAACUUAGUAUGUGAUGAGAACUAUGGUCUCGAUAAGUUCACGCAUAGCAACGUCACUGUGCACUAUUUGGAAGGCACUCACGUAACUAUUAUUGAAAAUAAGGACUGUGCGAAUAUUAUUAAUAAGGUUUUGAUCGAGAGGGAUGGACAGACGGGCAAGCAGAUGCAGAGUGUUACUACUAUGAUCCAGAGUCACAGGCAAUUUAUUUGCAGCUAAAUUUAACCAGAUUCCUAUUGACUGUGUAACUUUUCCUUUCUAUUUAUGAAUUAGUACUUUUGCUUGAAUAUUUUAAAGAAAGUUGUGUUUGUGUUGCGUUUUACGUAAUUUAUUGCGUUUGAUAUUUUUAAUCACGAAAUUCCUGUAGUAAUUAGUUCUAUAAUUAAUUAUUUAUUGUUUUUGGGGGUAAAUUAAUAUACUACCUAAUAUUAUAAGUG